GUUUAGAACGGCCCCUAGCGUCAGCCAUGAACUGAUUCACCCUAUCUUUCCCACAUCUUGCAGCACAGUGCUUGGUAGCGUUUUACAGGAGGGCGUUUGGUCUGAGACAGCAGGCACUUCUAAAUCGGCGGUUAUUGUAUUUCUGUCAUAUUGGACGGAUUGUGUCGGUUUCGUGUCUGAAGCGGCUAAAGUGGCGAAUUUUUCUUGCGCUACAGUAUUUCAAGUGAGGGCCUGUCACUGAGAAGUGGGUGUCUGCUGACUGGUGUUGAGACAGCGGCGAGUGCAGCAGUGUGUGUCCCCGAUGGCUGGGUGGAAGGACGGCUCGGUGCAGGAGAAGUAUCGGCUGGUUGUGGUUGGAGGUGGUGGUGUCGGGAAAUCUGCACUAACUAUCCAAUUCAUUCAGUCGUACUUCGUCACAGACUAUGACCCCACGAUUGAAGACUCGUACACCAAGCAGUGCGUGAUUGACGAGAGGCCGGCUCGACUGGACAUCCUGGACACAGCCGGGCAGGAAGAGUUCGGGGCCAUGAGGGAGCAGUACAUGAGGACAGGAGAGGGCUUCCUGCUGGUCUUCUCUGUGACAGACAGGGGAAGCUUUGAAGAAAUCUACAAGUUCCAAAGACAGAUUCUCAGAGUGAAGGAUCGGGAUGAAUUUCCCAUGAUCCUUGUGGGUAACAAGGCUGACCUGGAACUCCAGAGGCAGGUGACCCAGGAGGAGGGCCAGCAGCUCGCCCGGCAGCUGAAGGUUACGUACAUGGAGGCCUCAGCGAAGAUCCGCAUGAAUGUAGACCAAGCUUUCCACGAGCUGGUCAGAGUAAUAAGGAAGUUCCAGGAGCAGGAGUGUCCGCCCUCGCCAGAGCCCACGCGCAAAGAGAAGGACAAGAGCGGCUGUCAUUGUGUCAUCGUCUGAGUGGCACACGAGGCCGCCAGUCAUCCAGCUGCUGUCACCAGUCCCCCCACCCCCCCUGCCUUCUGACAUCACAUCCUGUUGUGGAUGACCGCUGCCUUUCUACAUGUGCAUGACUUAAGACAGCAGUCCCUGUGCUAGCCUUAUCAGGGCGGGGGGCCCUUACCGGGCACCCUCCCCCCCAGGACUUCACUACUAGAAGAACCAAACUGACAAUAAAACAACAAAACAACACAAAAACAAAACAAACACAAACAACAACAAAAAUCUUAUUGAACUCACCGCUCACCUUCAACUAGUGUUAUAGAAAGCAUCAUAAUGACAACAAAAGACAAGAAACCAUACAGCUUUCAGUGUGAAUAUGUCCCAACACUAAAACAUUGCUUCUUAAAUUUGCUUAACGAUUCCAUUAUUUUUAUGUCGUAUCUCAAAGGACUUAUCUUGCCUUGUAGUCACAUUUGUACUUUUUCCGAAAUGGAAUCACAGAAAAUAUCAAUAUGUGUAUUAGAAUGUUAAUGAUAAACAAGCGAUGUGUUUUGCGGGCGGUGUAGAAUGAGGUGAUCUUGUGACGCUUUGUUUUGCGUGUGUGUGUGUGUGUGUGUGUGUGUGUGUGUGUGUGUGUGUGUGUCGUGCCAUAUGCCUUUUAAUUUCUACUCCAUGUGCUGAUCAGCUACUGUACAGAAAUGAAAUGCGUGUGAGUUGAGAACACAUUUUUAAAACCUGACGAUUAAAUCUUCUAAGUGCUGAGUGCAAGGUUGAUGAACUUGGUCCUGACCCAUGUAAUAACGUAGACAUAUAUACCAGUGUGUUUGUAUAUAGGCAGCCAACAUGAACACUGGGAUUUCGUGUAUCGGUCAUUUUCCUACGGCUGUGCUGCGAAUGUUUUAGAGGCCAACAUCCAGUAGAUUUGAUGUCUGUUACCUGAAAGGCUCAAAGACUAGUCCUUACUCGUCUGCUUUUUUUUUCAUCUCAAAUGAAGAUUUCAGAACCAUGUGUAGCCGGAUAGGUCAGCUCUUCUCCCUCCUUGCUCAGCCAUUGCCUUCACAGACUAUCGCACGCUCAGGUUGGUUGGUAAAACAUUUCCUCACUUGGUGAAGACGAGUGUGUAAGAGGUCGGGUCUGGUGGUGUUUGAGGGGACAACCAACGUUUGUGGUUUUACAGAUCUGGUUUGGGAAAAUGUUCACACCCUCUCUUGCCUUACAUAUGGAACUGAUUUCCACAUUGAUAGUAUUCUGUUGACUCUUUAUGUUUUUCCUCAUUCAUCAGUUUCUUUAGUUGAAGUAAUGUAUGGACUCAGUGACAGUGAGAAGGUAGAACUGAUCAAUCAUUUACAUGUUAUUAGCCACAGCUGUUACAGCUUUUGUGAACACCUCUGUAAGUGAAAUGAAGGAAUCUUCAGCCUUCAAAAUUCUCUGGCAAAUCCAUAUUCUGUCAUAUAUAUAUAUAUAUAUAUAUAUGUAUUAGUCAAAGAGAUGUCCCCGAAGGAAUUAUUGACCAUGGCUUUGGGUGUGAAGGUUUAAGUAAUGACAGAUUUUUCCUGUAUAACACAUACACACUCUCUUAUUCUCUCUCUACACACACACACACACACUCUUAUGCUCUCUCUACACACACACACACACACACACAUAUCUGAAGACUCAAUAAAAUAUGUCAUUUUGAUAUAUCUGGUAACUGACAGGCUGAAGCGUAACUCCUCCUCUCCAGAACUACCAUUAAGGGUUAACAUCACUAUGAAGACAUUUCACCUUUAGGUUUGUCUUCCUUUUUCCAUGAGUGUAUUUCAGUACAAGGGAUACAAUUAAAAUAUUUUGGUUUUUGUUUUAUCAUCAUGUAAUAUAAGAUUAAAAAAAAAAAAAGAUCUGAAGUGAUCCUUUGAAAGACGUUAAUAAAUGUUUUUACUAUAUACUUUUAUACAUUAUUUUCUUAUCAGACUAGUUACCGAGUAUUUUUAUAUGUUUGUAAGUGAAUAUGCUCUCAUGGCAUAACUGUGUGUAUAUGUAAAGAGGAGUAUUUAAUUCUCUUAGUUUGCUUUUAACUGAAAAUAAAAGAUGAAUGACCAUA